AUGUCCCUGCAAGGGGGAGUCAGCCCAAGCUCUGAGGGCAGGGCCUCGCCCACCCCCAUGCCUCUGGGGUCUGGCGUGGGAGCGGGUCUGGACCCCCAUGGGCUGACAGGGCAGGGCCGAGCUGCCCGGCCCCCACCCUCCGCCCAGGCCUGUGGGGCACAGAGGCCGGCCUGCAUCAGGCCCUCAGGGAGAGGUGGGGCUCUGGGGGGCCUGGACAUCGGGGCUCAGGCCACCAGCUGGCUCACUCCAGCUGGGCCUCAGGGAGCCAGAGAGCAGGGUCUGCGGCUCCCGCCGACUCUGGGGAGCGAGUCUGCUGAAUUGGGACUGUGCUGUCACUGUUUUUUAUAA